UUUUGCAAUUUGUCAGCUGUGAUUUCGAUGAUAAAACAAAAAAUUUAUCAUCUUAUGUCGAAUUAGUGAUUCUUUUUUCUGCUAAUUGGAAGCUAGGUAGAAAAACUUGUGCAUUAUUUCUUAUAGAAGAUGGUGUUCCAAAUUGUGCGACUUUCAGCAAGUUCAGCAGGCAGUUUGCAACAACUUUGUUGCCGCCAAUGGGGUAUUACACCACUUAUCACUAGAAGAUUGGCGUCAGAAGCUUAUCGUGUAGAAUCAGACACAUUUGGCGAACUGAAAGUUCCCGCGGACAAGUAUUAUGGCGCCCAGACAAUGCGCUCGAAGUUGAAUUUUCCCAUUGGUGGCUCCUCCGAGCGCAUGCCUCAACCGGUUAUUCAAGCAAUGGGCAUUUUGAAAAAAGCUGCAGCUGAGGUCAACAAGGAAUUUGGCUUGGAUGCCAAGAUUAGUGACGCUAUUUCGAAGGCGGCCGAUGAUGUUAUAUCUGGUAAAUUAUACGAGGAGCAUUUCCCCUUGGUUAUUUGGCAAACCGGUUCUGGUACGCAAACCAACAUGAAUGUGAAUGAGGUGAUCAGCAAUCGUGCUAUUGAAUUGGUGGGCGGCGAAUUGGGUUCAAAGAAUCCGGUACAUCCAAAUGAUCAUGUGAAUAAGUCGCAAAGCUCGAAUGACACCUUCCCUACAGCCAUUCACAUUUCGGUAGCUUUGGAAUUGAAUAAUAAUUUGAAACCUGCGAUUAAAAUUUUGCAUGAUGCGCUUAAAGCUAAGUCGAAUGAGUUCAAGGAUAUAAUCAAGAUUGGACGUACCCACACUAUGGACGCAGUUCCAUUGACAUUGGGUCAGGAAUUUAGCGCUUAUGCUCAACAAAUGGCGUACGCACUCGAUCGUAUCGAUGCUGUUUUGCCGCGCGUUUAUGAAUUGGCUUUAGGCGGCACUGCUGUUGGUACUGGCCUAAAUACACGCAUAGGCUUUGCGGAAAAAUGUGCUGCCCGCAUUGCACAGCUUACCAAACUGCCGUUUGUUUCUGCGCCAAACAAAUUUGAGGCUUUGGCAGCGCGGGAUGCUAUGGUGGAAGUGCAUGGUGUGUUAAACACAAUUGCCGUUAGCUUAAUGAAGAUUGGCAACGACAUACGCUUUCUUGGCUCAGGUCCACGUUGCGGCUUGGGUGAGCUAAUGCUGCCUGAAAACGAGCCUGGCAGUUCGAUCAUGCCGGGCAAAGUAAAUCCCACGCAAUGCGAAUCACUUACCAUGUUAGCAGCGCAAGUGAUGGGUAACCAUGUAGCAGUGACUGUUGGUGGUGCCAAUGGACAUUUUGAAUUGAAUGUUUUCAAACCGUUGAUCGUAUCGAAUGUAUUGCGUUCUAUUCGCUUGCUAUCUGAUGGCUCACGUACGUUCACAUCCAACUGCGUCAACGGCAUACAGGCGAACCGUGAUCGUAUUGGCAAGAUCAUGGCUGAAUCAUUGAUGUUGGUUACGGCUUUGAAUCCACAUAUUGGCUACGAUAAAGCUGCCAAGAUUGCUAAGACUGCCCAUAAGAAUGGUACCACUUUGAAAGAGGAAGCCAUUAACCUUGGUUAUUUGACUGCUGAACAAUUUGAACAAUGGGUCAAACCAUCCGAAAUGUUGGGACCAAAAUAAACAUCCAAACUCUCAUAUUUCUACUUAGAAAAUGUGUCUAACAUUUUUUUAUUUCGAAUGAUAAACGUACGAACUGUGAAAUGGAAACCACCAUGUCAAACGAUAUUAUGAAAAUCUUGAAGAAUAUAAAAUGCACAAGUUUUAAAAAUUUAA